AUGGCUGCACAGGCCAAAAGCAUGACAACAGACCCCAAUAUUGAAAUUCGACAGGCCCGAGCAGAAGAUUUGUCUUUUUUACCAGACCACUCUGUUGACCUGGUGGUGUCGGGCCAGGCAGCGCAUUGGUUCGACUACAGCAAGGCGUGGCCUGAGAUUGCUCGCGUGGUCAAGCCAGGAGGGUCAAUGGUGUUCUGGGGCUACAAGGAUAAUGUGCUACUGGGUCACUCAAAGGCGAAUGCGAUUUGGGACAGGUAUAGCUACGGCGAGGAUGAAGUCGCGCCGGGUAUCGAGAGCAUGGGCCGUCACUGGGAGCAACCCGGCCGAAACAAGGUGCGAAGGCUGCUCGCAGACGUUGUCCCGCCUUCGGAGCAAUGGGAAAAUGUGCAGCGCAUCCUGUACGAUGUCAAUGCCGACGCGACCGAGGCAGAUACCGCAGACGCGUUGAUGUUCCAGGAGACCACUCUGGGCGGCUUUGAAAGCUACGUGCGGACGGCGAGCAGCUAUGUUGGAUGGCAACAGGCGCACCCGGAGCUGCGGAGCCGAGUAGACGGCGGACCAGGUGACAUUGUGGACAUGCUCAUGGACGAGAUUGUUGCGUCGGAAGCGACGUGGAGAGAGAUGGGGGAGAGCUGGCGAGAUGCAAAGGUAAAGACGGUCUGGGGCUCGUAUAUCUUGAUGGCGAAGCGCACAUGA